AUGGUGACAUUCACGGCGCGCCGGGGCGAGCCGGAGCUGGUGCGCCCGGCGAGGCCGACGCCGACCGAGACCAAGGCGCUCUCCGACCUCGACGACCAGUGGACGCUGCGGUUCUACGAGUCCAUCGUCGGCUUCUUCCGCGCCCCGCCGGGCGAGGCGCCCAGGCCGGGCAAGGUGGCCCGGGGCAUCAAGGCGGCCGUGGCGGCCGCCCUGGUGUACUACUACCCGAUGGCCGGCCGCCUGCGGAAGCUCCCCGGCGGGAACAGGCUGGCGGUGGACUGCACAGGGGAAGGGGUGGCCUUCGUGGAGGCCUCCGCCGACGUGCGGCUCGAGGACCUCGGCCAGCCGCUGGUGCCGCCGUACCCGUGCGUCGAGGAGUUCCUGGGAGACUGCGGCGACACGAGGGAUGUCAUUGGCAAGCCUUUGCUCUUCCUGCAGGUGACACAACUAAAAUGUGGAGGAUUUGUUAUUGGGCUUCACAUGUGUCAUUGCAUUGCUGAUGGUUUUGGUAUUCUUCAAUUUAUCAAAACUAUAGCCGAUUUUGGAUGUGGUGAACUUAUCCCAACCACUUUGCCCGUGUGGAAAAGAGAUAUCUUCACAGCACGCAUGCCACCAUCCAUUGCACAUGUUUACCCGGCAUAUAAACCAUUUCUCCAUGGGUUAGAGUGCACAGAAGACGACGUAAUGCUAUCAACUCCGCCGGAAUGCAUGGAAGUGCAAUAUUUAUUCUUUGGGCCAAAUGAGAUAGAAAUUUUGAGAAGCCACGUCCCAGAACACCUCUCCAAAUCUACUACAACAUUUGAGUUGAUUACGUCUGUCAUGUGGCGGUGCCGCACAUUGGCACUGGGCUAUGAAUCUACUCAAAAAGUCCGGGUCAUGUUUACAUUAAACACACGUGGGAGAAGCAUUAAUGGUGAAAGCGCCGUCCCACGUGGUUACUAUGGAAAUGCACAUUUCUCUCCUAUGGUUGAGGUCACUGUCGAGGAGUUGGCUGCAAAGCCGCUUGGACAUAUACUUGAGCUCAUGCGUCAAGUCAAGUUGGACACCACAAAGGAUCGCAUGAAGUCAAUGGUGGAUUUGAUGGCAUUAUGGCGAGAGAGGUCACCAUUUGGUAUGGAUAGAACAUAUGAGGUUAGCGACACAAAAUGGGUUGGAGGCAAUGCACUGCAAUUUGGGAAAGCCGAGCUGGUUGCUGCUGGCACACCACAUGCUGGAGAUUUCACUUCAAAGCUGAUAAGCUAUCAUACCAAGUGUAAGAAUAAAGAUGGUGAAGACUCAACCGUGGUAUCAAUCCUACUUCCAAAACCAGCAAUGGAGAAGUUCACAAUGGAGAUGGCAUUUUGGCUGAAGAAGUAA